ACACUAUGGCUCUCAAAGUUGCAUUUUCUCGUGUUGUUUUUCUCCUCUCACUUGUCAGCUUCGCUGUAAUGGCUGCAUCUGAGGAGAAGUGCCAGUACGUUGUGAGAGUUAAGACAGGAGGUAGGAUUAGUGCCGGAACGGACGCCACCAUUAGCCUCCAGUUAAUGUCCCAUUCCAGCAAUAGCUUGACCAUCGCCAACCUCGAAGACUGGGGCGCCAUGGGAUCCAACCACGACUACUUCGAGAGGGGCAACGUGGACGUCUUCAAGGGGACUGGCCGGUGCCUCAAUGUUUGCGCUAUCACCGUCACCUCCAACAACUCAGGGUACAAGUCAGGGUGGUACUUGGAUUACGUGGAAGUCAUCGUGAGCGGCAGCGUAUCUAAGGAGGUAUCGUUCCCGGUGAACCGGUGGCUGGCCGACGACGAAUGGCCCUAUUCCCUCUCUGCCACCGUCGACGCAUGCUCCAGCUUCUAUCCGAUGAAGCCCGCUCUCUCUUCUGUGCUGAGGGAGUAAUUAGUUAAUGUUUGCUAUGUGUCUCGUUCCAAUAAUAAUAUUAAUAAUCAUUACAUCUCUGGGCUUAUUUAUGAGUAUAAGUAGGCCAUGAGGUUGUAAU